AUGCUGAGCAGUCAAUUAUCACUCAUUCUCUGCAUUUAUUUUUUCUCUGUAGUUCUGUUUCCAUUUCUUACUCCAAUAUAUGAGAUGUUAAAUCUCUCCAUUUUCCCAAAAGAUUCAAUGAACUUUUUCAAAAAUUUUGUAAAAAGGAUGAAGAAAGAUCGCCUUGAUUCAAACCAGAAGAAGCGAAUGGAUUUUCUUCAACUGAUGAUGAAUACUCAUAACUCUGAAGGACAAGAGUCCCAGAAAGCUCUUUCUGAUUUGGAAAUGGCAGCACAAUCUGUUAUUUUUAUUUUCGGAGGCUAUGAUGCCACAAGCACCUCAAUUUCCUUCAUAAUGUAUGAACUGGCCACUCACCCUGAUGUGCAAAAGAAACUUCAGGAUGAGAUUGACAGAGCUCUGCCCAAUAAGGGUCCUGUCACUUAUGAUGUCCUAAUGGACAUGGAAUAUCUGGACAUGGUGGUGAAUGAAAGUCUGAGAUUGUACCCAAUUGUUAGUAGGCUAGAGAGGGUCUCAAAAAAAGAUGUGGAAAUCAAUGGAGUGUUCAUUCCCAAAGGGACUGUAGUUUCGAUACCAAUCUAUCCUCUUCAUCGGAACCCUGAGUACUGGCCAGAGCCUGAGGAAUUCCACCCUGAAAGGUUCAGCAAGGAGAACAAGGGCAACAUUGAUCCAUAUAUAUACCUGCCCUUUGGGAACGGACCCAGGAACUGCCUUGGCAUGAGGUUUUCUCUCAUCAGCAUGAAACUUGCUGUCAUAGGAGUUCUUCAGAACUUCACUGUCCAGCCUUGUGAGGAGACACAGAUCCCCAUGAAGUUCAGCAGGCAACCGAUUUUCCAACCUGAAAAACCCAUCACCCUAAAGAUUGUGUCAAGAGAUAAACCCAGAACUGGACAGUGA